AUGCAGUUCCUUGAGCAGCAUCACCUACUCUGUGAUGCGCAACACGGCUUUCGAAGUGGUAUGUCCUGCCUCACGAAUAUGCACUUUACGCUCGAACGCCAGACCAAACCACCCGAUGAAGGUUGUGUGGUGCACGCCAUCUACAUCGAUUUCAAAAAGGCCUUCGACAGCGUUCCCCAGCAACGUCUCUUGCACAAACUGCACAACGCUGGAAUUGGUGGACGCCUUCUUGUAUGUAUCCAGAGCUGUUUGGCUGGACUGUCCGAAAGCGUGCAGGUUGUGCAUCGACAUUCCUCAGAGGUAAGCGUGGUGAUUGGCGUCCCACAGGGCUCAGUCCUAGGUCCCACGUUAUUCAUCGUUUUCAUAAAUGCCUGCGUCAUGGACUUAGACAGUGAUACCAUCCUGUUUGCCGAUGACAUUAAAUUGGGGAAAGUUAUUCACAAUGCGGCAGACGCAGACCACCUGCAAGCAAACCUGAACAGGCUUGAACACUGGUCGAAGCGCUGGCUGAUGCCCUUCAGUAUAAGCAAGUGUAACUUUCUUUAACUAGGCUGCUGCAGAGCCUCCAGCCCCAGAAUUCACUUCCUAGAGGUCGCAACACUGCAACAGGUUGACAGUCAGAAGGACUUGGGUGUAUGGAUUACAUCUUCACUCAAACCAACACUGCACUGCGCGAAAGCGGCUAACUCGGCUAUGGCUACACUGCAACUCAUUAAGCGAGCAUUUAUGGGAUUUGACCCUGACUGCUUUUCCAAAAUAUUUGUCACCUUUGUGCGACCUCAUCUAGAAUACGCCAUACAGGCCUGGAGACCUUGGACUGCCAAGGACUAUACCGUUUUGGAGUAGGUCCAGAGACGGGCGACCAAAAUGGUCUGGGGGCGCUGACUUACGAAUCUCGACUGUCAACUCACAACCUGCUUUCACUUUCCAUAGGAAAUUACGUGGUGACCUUAUACUUGCAUUUCGCCUUAUUAACGUCCUAUGAUGUUGUUUAGAUCCCACUGAUUAUUUCACACAAGCUAACACGCCCAAUUUGCGCAGUCAUCUCCUAAAACUACGCGCCGGGAAAGCAAGGAUCAAUGAAAGAGAGUUCUUUUUCAGUCACAGAGUGGUUGCAGCGUGGAAUGCCCUGCCCACCGAUGUAGCAACCUCUUCCUGUGUGAAGUCUUUUAAGUUUAGACUUGACGCGCAUCAAGCCUCCUUAGUUAUUAGCCUUACAUCCCCUCACAUAACCUGGCACAAACGUAAACGUUUUAUACUACUUGUAACUAGCUAGUAACCGUUAUUUAUUAUUCUUUUCGUACUAGCUGUCAAUGAUUAUGUGCAUAACCCCUUUUUUUCGCCUUCCCACUAUCAGUGUUUUUCUCUAACGACUUGUACCCAAUAGGGAGUUCAAGGGCACUAGCCUAUAUUUCCCUUUAUAAUCUGAAACUGAAAAAAGAUAAAAAAUAUCUUAAAAUUAACUGUAAUGCAGGCUGCUAUGAAUUGCCCAGUUCUUAAUCACUGCCAUUAUAUCUACAACGCGCCAUUGACCAUGAUAAAUUAAACUUUUGUAUCGGUUGAUAUGCAUAUGCUUAUAUAUAUAAUUAAAAAUUAUGGGUAAUAAAGUGAACAAAUAAGUUGCCUUCCACAUUUUGUAAUAUCAGAGUCGACUCUGCAAGCGCCACUCAUUUCAGUUUUAUUAUUUAUUUUAAAACGUUUCAUCUGGACUGCCAUUUCGCAAUACAGACCAACACCCGAAGGGGCGUCGAGAUUGAAGGACAGCCCAUAGCGUUGACAUGACGUUGAUUUCAGCGUCUGUAAAAAUCUGCUUGUUUCUUUCAUUUUCUUCACAGUUAGGGUUGUAUAAAUUUGAUCUAAGGGAUAAAUAUUGUUGAUUUGCGAACACAAUUUGCUCCACGAAUUUGCUUUUUGUAUGAACCAUUGUAAAGUUUGCAUGAAUGCGUUUGGCUUGCUGGCGCUCAGGCAAUUUUCCAUAGGCUCGCUUUGACCAAAAGCUGUCCGAUGAUAACGGUUUAAAAAGGGCCUGCGAUGUCAGUACAGAGGCGUAAAUAUCGACUGUGCAAUAAUACAUGGUAAAGAAACUGUCCUCCUUAGAACAGGUUACAUUAUCCUUAAUAACAAACGUCGCUAAACGACCGGACAAUGGAGAAACACAUUCGGGUAACAGAACGGGUACUUUAAAUUGAAGACGACUCUCUAGAAGUCUUUUGAAUAUUGUAGUCAUCUGCAGUUCCGGAUGAGGUCCACACCUUACUCCAACUACGGGAAAAAAUAGUACACGACAUUACUAUCUGGAAUUUAAUGUUAUUCAAAAAAUGCAGGUGUCUUCUGUGAGAACACCUUUGUCAAACGUAAUAUUGGAAAGAGAAUGUGCUUUUUUGCAAACUCAUAUGUAUAUAUGUAUCGUCAAACAAACUUUAUUUAUAAUCACGCAUUAAACACGUACACAUAAGUUAACAUUAAAACAGGACAAUUAAAAGGAAAAGCGCUUUGUACAACAAAAUAAAGAUGGCAUUUGCUUCCUCCGACAAUUUUAUAUAAGGUGUUUUUAUUGGCUAGCGUAAGGACUGAACAAACUAGACCACCACAGACUCAUACUAGAAAAUGACUAUAAAUUAUUAAGUUCUGCAACUAAUUUAAUAAAUGACAGUAAUCAUCAUAAUAAUGUGUACUUUUUUGAAAAAGAAUUAUCAUCAUAUCCCACAAAUUUUCAUAUGCACUGACUUAAGUAACAUAUUAUUUGUAACAUUUAUUUGCCACAGUGUACAUAGAACAUUUAAAAGUUGGUAUACGAUUAGUAUACGUCUAAAACCAUUAAAAUGUUAUAGCAUGCGAUGAUAAGGAGGUGCAUUACAGACACUUUGAAAGUUACUAAUUAUGUGAAAUAAAUAUUAAUUACUAAUAAAUAUUAAUAUUAUGUGAAAUUAAUAUUAUGUGAAAUUAAUUAAUUAAAAUUCUUGUUUUUAGUGUGUUUCUGAUUGACAACUGAAGUCGUUAAACUGCUUGAUAUCAAGAUAUGAACAAUACCGAUAAAUUAAUUUGUUUGAAAUGACGUCAAUAUUGGCAACUUCUACAGUAUUUUAACUUGUAUAUACUAUAUAUUACGUUGCAGAGAUUACAAAAUAGGCAUUUGAUAUAUAUAUAUAUAUAACAUAUUUCACUCACGUGCGCUGUCUAAACGCUGACUCCAUAAUUUGCAGCAUGUGCAAAUCGUUACUAUGCAUAGUAAGUACAAAAUUACGCGCGAACCCAUGAUUCUGCUGUUAGGUAGAUAUUCUUUGCAACCUGCGGGUCAAUUUCUGUAAGAAGAUGUUUGAAUGUCAAGCACGUGGAUGUUAAUAAAGCAGCUGUUUAUCUCGCGCCGCCCAAAGAGAUCCUUACGAAGUUGGGAUAGGUGGCCAAUUGGAUGAGAGCUUUAAGAGGCAGCCUAAAAUAUGUGAGCGUAAAAUGGCAGUUAACUUAAUAUAUUAAUUGCGCAAAUUCUUUAUUGUUGUCAAGGUCGAUGAUGCUUAAUAAUUCUUUCUGAAUGGAUGGCAAUGCACUCAGGCGACAGAGCAGGGUUCCAUAAGGCUAUUGUUCGCUUUAUCAGUUACAGCCGUAAUGCCAGACAAUCAGCAUGGAGAAUAAAUUCGCGUGGCCUAUGCUUAUCAACUACGAAUCUCAGCAUUGUGUGGUACAGCGAGAUGUAAUGGUAAAAUAAGAAAUCUGCCAGAAAAUCGUCAUGCAUAUUUAAGAAAUACUGCGGGUUAAAGCAAUCUAGGGGAUCUUUCCCCUGUGUGGGUGUUAUAGACACUGUUUUUUUCUGCAUUUUGUUCGUUUUUUAUUUGACAGUGUGUUAGUCACUUCAGUUUAAUUCAUCGCAACCAUUUCUUACUUCUUCAGGGCUUUCAAGAUUGUAAAGGAAAUCAUCGACAGAGUUAAUAUCAGCAUCAGAAGCCAAUCAAAAAUUAGUGGCGCUUAUGCAGUAGUGAUCGUCGCGGCUGCUGUUUGCGCCGGCGCUAUAUCAUUGACCUAAGGAUUUACUGGAUUCUUAUUUAAUGAAAAGGUUUAAAUCAAUUUGCAUCUUCUCUAGAUUCUGCUUUAGGCAAUUAUCUGCGUGCCCCAAAGUCAAACUUUUAAACCAACUGCGUAGAUACGGGUACCCAACUGUGAUAAUCAUUCAUAACCCAGCCCAGCUAUGAUUUUGUACGUGCCAUCCGAGGUCUCUGCUAGUCUGAUCUGUGUAAUUACAAGGACAAGUUAGGUUUAGUGGAAUGAAAUCCACCCCUGGUUUUCGUGGACAUGCAGAUCGCAGGAAAUCUCAGCCAACGUACAACUUCAAUAAUUCGUCUUACAAUAAUGCGCUCAGUCGCCUCUGACACAGUCUUGAUGUGUGACAGAUUGUACAACACUAUAUGGACCCUUUAAUUUUAAGCCUUUCUGGGAGGCGCGCAGACCUGUAGGGAGGGCUUUAUGAACGCCAGCGAUUAUGCAUGCAUCAGGCCUCUGUAACCCCUUCUAUCGGAUUGCUCUGAGGCAGAUGAGUUCGUCUAAAGGACGUUUUUUUACGAGGGGUCUCUCCUGAGCUACUGGAUGGGUUCCUGCGAAAACUUUUCAGAUGCCUGCCGCGAUUAUACCCAUCCCGUAGACGCUGGUUUCCCUUUUGUAUUGGAUUAUUGCCUGACAGACACAUCCCGAAAUCGAGGCCGACACAAAGAUAUCCCGAUAGUAAAGCUAUCUCCAUGAUUUAAAAUCAGCUCGCUCGACCGAUUUUUUGUCGCGCCUUCAUUCCUACGACAAGACUGUUUAUUCUUUAGUUCGAAUCUUACUGUUUGCCCUACUUACCUCUACCAAAUUUUGAAUCCGCUUAUUUCUAGUUUUGUCCCCCGUCAGAAAUUAAUUAAUAUCUGAAAUGAUGUUUUCCUACUCAUACAUUUUCGCCGCAUGUUACGUAGACUUUUUCAUCUAUUCUAUCUUAAGAACGGUGCUUUGGUUGUGCCCUUGACUUUUAAGUAUGCUAGCAGACUGUCCAGACGAAAACAAAUAGCCGGAUUGGUCCACUUUACUGAAAAAUGUUUGUUAGGUGUCCCAAAACCUUCCAUCAGUAAAGUUAAACUCGUUCAAAAGCGCAGUAUCCCGCUCCAUGAAACGUUCUCGGUAAACCUAUAGUUGAUUUUCAGUUGCACGCAGACGGUUUUAAUGCUAUUUUGUCCAAAAUAUUUAUAUAAAACGCGACCAUUUCGCUUCUGCCCAUCCAGAAUUUGACAAGGCAGUACCGGAAAUUAUAACUUUCACUCUGUGGGAUGUGAUUGUAGCACUGCAUUUGGAUGCCUCCUGAUGAUAAUAUAAAACAGUUUCGAGAUUUACAGCCGAUGGACUUACCAAAGAAACGUUACUUUAUAUUCUAAGUUUUGUGCUUUCUGUUCAAAAGGAUUGUCGAAUUUUAAAUGUUUUAUUAAUUAUGCAGCAGCAUAGCCCUCAAAUAUUAUAUCAACACUUAGAUACUGGUUAUUUAAUAAAAUUGCCGUCAACAGUCUGCAAAACUACCUUUGAAGAAAAUGGCCAUUUAGACAAAAACAGUCCUUCAGAUCCGGGACCUCUUUAUAAUUUCAAUCAGAUUUAAUAGCAAGCUACCUUGUUCUACUCCUAUAUUGCUUAUUUAGUUGCAUAUUGCUUCUUUUUCCUGGCCUGUCAUUUACCUGUUGGUUAUUGGCUAUAUCUAAAGUCACCAUAGUUUUCACCCAGUAAUGAUUUACAACUCUCUGAAAUUCGUAAAUGAAUUUUGGAAGCUGUGUUUGAUGAUAAAAUACUCACUCAUGAUUUACCCUUCAUUCAUUUAAUAACUAUCCAUGUAGAUUCCAGAAUUUCAAUCAUAAAGUCAAGUUUCGUAACUGGUCCCAGUUGGUGUGCUGUUCAAUAGGAAAAAAUGAAAAUGAAUUUGCCCUUAAUUUUGGUGCAUUCAAAAAGGACCUCUUUGACAGUGACCAAGUGGUAAUUCACUGAUGCUUACCGCUUACCUUUUCAAAAAAGACUAAUUUGGUUCAGACUUAUACAAACUACGAUUACGUUUGUAUCGACUUAAUAUAUAAUCAUACUUGGUAGCACAGCCAUUCAAGCACAAUUUUCAAUGGUCAUCCUAAAGUUUGUGCGCGUAGAUAUCUUAAGUCUAUUUCUUUGAAUUCACCAUGUCUUAUCUUCAUUGCUACGUACUAAGACACUUGAGACGACAGCUACGUGAUCUAUCCAACAGCUCCUUAUCAGUUCAUUUUCAAAACCAAGGGGUGUUUGAAGUGGUCUCAGGAAUUCGCAAAGCGCGCGACCUUAAUCACCUGCUCUCACUGAUCCGAAAUCUGGCAAACCGGCCGAUAACAUCUACUAUCAUAGUUCCUUCCGUAAGCUUGGCCACGGACGUCUACUGCUGCUUAAGAAUACCUAAACCUUCCUCAGCGAUGGAAAUGACAAGACAGACUUUUUAAAGGCUUUCUUUGAGAAACAUCUUACUACUGAGUCCGAGUAAGUCCCUCUCUUUCGUUCACGUCAGGGUUAGACACAGAGUACAAUGUAUGUCUCCUCAGAUCUUAUUAACACACACGUAGGUCGUUCGAAAAAAUCGCACCGCUUAGGAACGGACGGAAUUCAAUUUUCGAUCAUUAAACAAACAUCCGACCGUCCUAGAUUGCUUAGCCAUCUGUUCGCGGCUUAUAUUUCAAAAUAUUUUUUUCCUGAAACACAAAAGCGUUCAUUAGUAUCCGUGUCUUCAUGUCGGGAUGUCGGUGCAAUAUUGUGAACUAUCGGAGCGUGCAAAAAACCCCGUGUCUAACAAAAUGCAUUAGGGAAUUAUUUUCAUCGAAGUUUUUGACUUCCGUAUAGCUAAUCGGCUUCUUAGCGUCAAUCCCCCUUAGUUUUUACUCGAACGAUCAGAUGAUACUUGUCACUUGGCAUUUUCCAAUCUAGUCACCUCUUUUUGUAAUGAAGAGCAGUCAGUGGUAGUAAUCUACUUCAAUGUUAGAAAAACUAUAGAUAAAUUGUCUCGUGUGAUUGUUUUAGUAAAUUAAUAGCUCUCCGCAUCUGGACGCCUAUAGUCAACUUUUUCACGUCCUAUAGAUACAAUGUAUAUCAGAAUGUCAUGAUCGGAAUUAGCUACUGGAAAUCUCACUCGGGACAUUACACCUGGGUUCGCUAUUUUUCCUUCUUUACAUGAAUGAUUUUUUUACGAAAUUCAGAAGUUGGCAAGCUUUUGUUGAUGCGGAUUACCUUAAGCGUGACAAAUCAUGUUCUACGGAUACUGCAAAUCUUUGUGUUGAAACAGCAAUGCCGAUUUCCGAAGCCUAUGCAGAUGGAGUUGAACAUGGUAAAUGGAUUUUUCCUAAUCUAAGUAUAGUUUCAUGUCUAUUUUUCCAGUCUGGUCCCGUAAUUUUUCAGAACCACUCACUCUCAUAAUACUUCCCUACAAAAGACCUAGGUUAAAUUUAUAUAAAUAAGAUAGCUUAUUGCCUUAUGCAGAUAGUAGCUCUGCCAAAGACGCACAUAUAUGUGGGUUCAUAUCACAUUAAUGUUUCCUUGAGGAAAUGAAGCUAAAACCUUAUCCAAUGUUUGUUUUUUCCACUCCUCGAAUACUGGUGUGCUUUUUGUGGAUUAAUAACCGCCUGUGAACGUAAUGAAAUCGAAAAUUCUCAGAUGGUUUUCAUUUAAAAACUUAUCUUCCAAGCUCCGUCCAAUAUUUCUUGUUCUCAGGAAUUUCAGCCAGAUACCAUUGAGUUUUUGUGUGUAGGAAGCCUCGAAGGUUACCUUUCCUUCCUCGCAUUAAUUAUAGCUCUAAACUUCCGCUCACUAAUGCUUACACUCCGUCUGUUUGGUUUUAUGUCACGCGAAACUCCUCCAUGCCGAUUCCGUAGCCUACUUCCACUACAUAUAAACGCUCCAUAUUUGUGCUUCCGCAUAUGCCGUCCUUCGGAAUAAUCUUCCCGCAAAAAUUAGAUCAUUGCAGAAGUUAUCAGUAUUCAAAAGGAAACUCCAAGUGCGUCUUCGGUGCGCCCUCCCUAGAAUUUCUCGGUCAUCUGCUCGACUCCCACGACAUUCGGCCUCUUCUCUUAAAGGUUGCCGCCAUUCGGAUCUUUCCACUCCCUAUCUCGAAGCGUCAGUUGCAACGGUUUCUUGGUUCGGUAUUAUUUAUCGCCGGUUUCUACCGAACUGUGAUGAUCCCAUGUUGCCGCUCACCAACAUGCUUUCUGGUCUCAAAGGCCCCCUCGCGCUGACUGGUAAAGCACUGUCUGCUUUGAGAGAAUCAAGAAUUUCCUUGCUGAUGUCAACUAACUUACACAUCCCGCUCCCGAAGCUCAGCUGUCUCUGAUUGUAGAUGCUUCGACCGUAGCCGCAGGUGCAGUCCUUUAACAACACCUUGCUGGUUCGACUCAGCCACUUGCUUUUUCUCCAAAAAGCUCUUACCAGCUGAGACACGCUGCAGUACCUUUGGCCGUGAACUACUUGCCAUUUACCUGGCUGUGAAGCAUUUCCGGCAUUUCCUUGAAGGUCGUGACUUCACUGUUUUCACUGACCCCAAACCGUCGACUUUUGCACUUCGUUCCCACAAUGACAAUCUAAACCCUCGGGAAAUCCAUCGACUGGACUACAUCUUCCAGUUAAACUCAGAUAUCCGCCACAUCGACAGGUCACGGAAUGAGGUGGCUGACGCAUUGUCCAGGCCCUCCAUUGCACAUCUUCAGCUUUCACCCAGGAUUGACCUCGUUGUGAUGGCCGCUGAACAACGCUGUGUCGGUCCACCCUGUGAUGAUGAUGUUGCUGGACUCCAACUUCAGGAACUACCACUGACAACUGGCAACGGCACCAUUUUAUGCAACGUAACCAUCCCAUCUCAUCGUCCAUUUUCGCCACCAUCCCUCCACCGCAAAGUUUUCUCCUUCCUGCACAAUCUCUCUCGACCUGGAAUUCGAGCAACCGAUAAGCUGGUUUCCGAUCGCUUCGUCUGGCCUGGAAUACACAAGGACCUAAAACCAUGGACACGGGCUGUCAACGGAAUAAGGUCCGACGGCACAAUGGUUGUUCCUAUCUCCUCACCUGUGUGA